UUUCCUCUUUCUUCCACCUCCAUUUGACCAUUUCCAUUCUUCUUCACAGUUUUUCCCUCUGAAAUUAAUUCAUUCAGAUUCGCAGUAGAUCAGAGAUUUUUAGGGUGUGGGAGGGCGGGUGGGUAGGUUUCAAUUAUAAUAUGGAGAGGCUUAUUUAUUCCAAUUCAAUUCAUCCUAAAAUCCACCACUUUAAGCCCCCUUCUCCGCUUCUCCCCCGUGUCCAUUCUGUGCCAAGACUCGGUUUUUCUUCCUUCCCACGCUCUGAAUCUCGCCGAGCGAGCUUUCUUUCCUGCAAUUUCCAUGUUAAUGACCAAUAUUCUCUUUCUGUGAAUUCAAGCGAUACAUGUCAGGAAAAUUUGUUGGGUUCUGCGGAUUUGCCCGAUGGGGCACAUCCCAAGCCCCAUUUUCUUAAACGAAUUGCCCACACAUUCUCUGAGCUCCAAAAGGUAAUACUAAUCUCUGCAAUCGUUUUAGCAUUGGUCCACCCGGUUGUUGUGUCACCAGCUUUAGCUAGUUUUCGAAGUGUAGCCAAGACUGGAGGACCAGUGGCUGCAGCAGCAGGGAGUCGACUUAUUAGUAGUGAGCUAGUGAGCAGUGCGUGGACUGGCUUCUUUGCCGGAUGCUUGCAUACAUUAUCUGGUCCCGACCACCUUGCUGCUUUGGCCCCGCUCUCAAUAGGCCGUACAAGAAUGGAAAGUGCUGCAGUUGGAGCUCUGUGGGGAUGUGGCCAUGAUGCUGGACAGGCAAUAUUCGGGCUGCUCUUUCUACUUUUGAAGGAUCGGCUUCACAUUGAAGUUAUCCGAACCUGGGGAACACGAGUGGUGGGCUUUACUCUACUUGUAAUCGGUGCUAUGGGGAUCAAGGAAGCUACAGAAGUCCCUACGCCAUGUGUUGCCCUAGAAAAUGGGGAAUGUGAUGUUAGCAUGUAUGAGACUCUCGACAAUCCAUCUAUCGGGAAGAAGAAGAUUGGGUUUGCAACUUUUGCCACUGGGAUUGUCCAUGGAUUGCAACCCGAUGCUCUGAUGAUGAUCUUGCCUGCACUUGCUUUGCCAUCCCGUUUGGCUGGUGCAGCAUUUCUAUUUAUGUUCUUGGUUGGGACAGUUAUUGCUAUGGGAAGCUAUACCGUCUUUAUAGGCACGUGUAGUCAGGCACUCAAGGAUAGGGUUCCCAGGAUAACCGAGAAGCUCACCUGGGCAUCAUCCCUUGUUGCCAUUGCUUUAGGUCUUGCACUUCUGAUUAGCCAAUUUUUCGGAUUUAGCCUGUAUUGAUUUAUGUUGGAGACUUCAUCAGUUGUUUUCUUUAGCUAUAGGAAAUGAUUUUGAGAGGUUUAAAUCCACUAAUGGGAAACAAAAGAUCAUCUUAGUAGAA